CUGCGGGGCACGUCUGCAACAAUUGGCCGAGCAGGAACUCGAUUCCUAGAGCAGGGGCAUGGUGGUAUAUGGACUUUCCUGACGCCCUAUGGCUCAUCGACGACGUGGCUACUCAAAUCAAUGUGAUUGCAGAUGGCAACUACUGCGCUUAUCAUAGCCGUACAGGUCGGAAAGUGAAGUAUACCUGUCCCAUAUCCAGCAAUACCGGAGGUGGAGCCUCUUCUCUGGCCGAGGCUGGUGCUGACAAGGAAAAGUUUAAGGAUGUUGCACAUGGAGACAACUGCUGGAACUAGUAGGAGAUCUCGCGUUGCUUGCUCUUCAUUAAUUAUAGAAACCAAUAACUCAUUAGCUAACCCAGAACUCAUUAGCUCCCGAGAGGUGCGGCAGUCGCAGCUGCGGGGAGAGCGGUGCCCUGCGGAGGCAAGCUGAUUGAUUGGCUGAUUGAUCACUAGGCUCAGGAAGAUCGUAGUACUAUUCAUUAAACAAGGCUGUAUCUAUUAGUACAAUUUUAUGUACUUAUUACCUACAACCUAAAUAGAGGCACAAGUUAGUAGCAACUAGUAGUAGGAACUGUGAUGGCUUCCUCCCUGGAAGAGUAGUCCAAAAAUGCAAGGACUCCUACAAUUUUUGUUGAUCUAAUGAACUAGCAGCUGCUCAGGCAAAACAUAAUAAAGAUAAACUUCUUCUGCUCUACAUACAAAGGGCUUAGUAGUUUAUCUCAUUAGUACUUAGUUUAGAUCUAAUGAACCCUCAUCAACGUCAACCGUGCAGCAGGGGACG